CUAAAUUCUUCACUCAGCCCUUAAACCUCCCCUCUCCGCCGGCGUUCCCUCCCCUCUCCGCCGUUCUCUCAACUUUGAGUUCCAUUUCCAGCCACCGCUUCUUCAUCUUAAAACCUUAUCUCGGAUCUCUUCUUUGAAGCAGUUGGAUAUUUGAGUAGGUUUCAAAAAUGAGGCCAUUGGAUGAGAAUGAGACCACCCAAGUGUUUGAAAAGCUCUAUAAAUUUGUGGGCAACAAUCUGAAGAACAUUGUGGAAAGCCCGUCUCACGAGGGUCCUGACCAGACUCCAGGUCGGUACUGUUUCCGUCUUCAAAAGAAUCGAGUCUACUACGUGUCGGAGUCCAUUGUCAAACGCGCCAUCAGCAUAAAGAAAGACAACCUCAUCUCGUUGGGGACCCAAAUUGGGAAAUUCACCAAAGGAGACAAGUUCCACCUCACCAUCCAGUCCCUCACCUUGUUGGCUGCACACGCGAAACACAAAGUAUGGCUGAAGCCCACGUCCGAGAUGAGCUUUCUGUACGGGAACAACGUGUUGAAAGGUGGGGUCGGUAGGAUAACGGAGAAUGUGGAGGUGAACGACGGGGUUGUGGUGUUCUCAAUGUCCGAUUUGCCCCUGGGAUUUGGGAUUGCUGCCAAGAGCACCCAAGAUUGUAGGAAGCUGGACCCUAAUGCUAAUGUGGUGUUGCACCAGGCUGAUAUCGGCGAGUACUUGCGGAUGGAAGAUGAACUUUGAAACUUUGUGGGCUAGUCUUGUUUGUUUGGGAAUUCAAUUUUAUAUGCAUUAUUCCAGUUGGGAAAUGAUAUUUAUGUCCAUUAUAAGUGCUCUGUGCUGUGCUUGGAUGUUCUGUUUUUGGAGACUUUGUGUUUUUUACAUUGGCGUUCCUUUUUUGGAGAGUAGAAUUGAUGUACUCCGUAGUACUUUUUUCCUGAUUAAAAUGCAUUAUGCCUGGUUGAGUUCACUUAGCUUAUCAAUCAAAAAAAUGGCAUGUCCUAAAAAUGUGUAAUUUUGAUACUAUUAUUUUCUAAUUUUGCUUUUUAUUUAUGAUAAGACCUCUCCCUGCUCCGCCACUAGCUUCGGUGGCUGCUUUACCUAAUCUGAUCGCUGCCUCACUGCUAUACUGUCAUCGCCUUCGGCUCCUUCAAUUUCAAAAAAAAAAAGAUGAAGAAGGAAGAAGUCUGGGGCUCCUUCUUUCGAAUCCAAUACACCAUCAUCAAUGUACUCCACCACCACAAUAGAUUUCUUCAUCGCCGUUGACCUCUUUCACAGAUCUGAAUCGGAUUUCUCAGAUCUGGAUUGGGGGACAAAAAAAGAAGAAAAAUGGGAAGAAAUGAAAGGAAAUGAAAGGA